GUAGCUUUUUUUGGCUGCUUCAGAUCUAAUCGGGCGUGCGGUUUGGGAAUUUUGGUGUUUUAUUCGCUUGGCAGUGUUGCAGAAUGGCUUCGGAUCCAAAGGUGCACACUUUCGAGGAGGUUGCAGUCCACUACAAAACCAAAGAUUGUUGGCUGAUUAUUUCUGGGAAGGUAUAUGAUGCAACUCCAUUCAUGGAAGAUCAUCCCGGCGGUGAUGAAAUUGUGCUGUCCGCAACCGGGGAGGAUGCCACAAAUGAUUUUGAAGAUGUUGGUCACUGUGAUUCCGCAAGAGAACUGAUGGGAAAUUACUACAUAGGCGAGAUUGAUUCAAAAACCGUCCCGGCAAAGCGCGCCUACAGUCCUCCACAGCAACCGGCUUACAAUCCUGAUAAGACCCCAGAGUUUGUCGUUAAGAUCCUACAACUUCUCGUCCCCCUCUUGAUUCUGGGCUUGGCUAUUGCGGUAAGUCACUACACUAAGAAAGAAUAGCUUAUUACUACACAGGAGUUGGCUGGCUGUUUUGAGGGGAGAAGUGAUGUGUUUCAUCUGUUAGUUUUAAAAGGACAGACACAUCUCUUGUUUGGUUUUCCUUCCUUGUAGCAUCUCUGUGUCAAAAUGUGGUCCAUUGUCAAAAGACAAUACUAUAGUGAGCUUCUUUGAGCCCCCCAUUUAUGUCAACAGCGAGACCAGACCAUGUUUAGUAUUGUUGGAAUUUAAAAGCAGGAGCAUUAUUCUUAU